GGUCCCAGUGGCCUAACGGUUCGCACUCUGCAUCGGUUGAGAGCUGAGCAGUGUUGUGAAGCGACUUGCGGCGAAAAACGAAACAGAAUCUAAACUAUGGCCACUGUACUGAUCUCUUUCCUUGUAUAAUUAAUUGUUAUGUUUUCUAGAUAAUAUUCUCUGCUUUAAACAAAACGCAGAUUUAAAAAAGUCCUAUUAGAUGCUUAUUCUAUCAGAUAUAGAAGAACGAUUGCGACCUGCCGGUUGUUGAUCAACAAGUGGGUGUGAUUUCUGUGAUCCUGUGUGCUUUUACGUUAUAAUUCUCUUUACGGAUAGAACAUCAGCAUGACCCUGAUGUGCAUAGAUCGUUCUCAGUCGCCAACGCACAAGGGGAAUUUCCUGCAGGGUGGGAAAUCGUCAGUGACUAAUAUCAAUCAGAAUGCCAAUCACCAUCGAAGGAACUCUUGUAGCCCGCCGUUAUCCAAGACCCAGCAAGAUGUAUCUUCUGCUAUCAAAUCAUUGAGCAAUUUAGAUGCUAGAAAACUAGAAAGAAGUGCAAGUGAGCCUGCCGCGGAUAGGAGAGUGGUCCAGUCUAAUUCAAGCCGCUACAAGACCGAACUAUGCAGGCCUUUUGAGGAGAAUGGUACCUGCAAGUACGGUGACAAGUGCCAAUUUGCUCAUGGUGCAAAAGAGUUACGCAGCAUGGCGAGACAUCCAAAGUACAAAACAGAACUGUGUCGCACUUUUCAUAGCACAGGUUUAUGCCCGUAUGGCCCUAGAUGUCACUUCAUUCACAACAGCGAGGAGACUAAGAAGAGUCUGCUGACCAACUUGACCGGAAGCGUUUCUCCUACACCUCCGAUCACUAGGCCAAAAGCACUUACAAGUCUGGGGUCUGCUGGAGAUCUCUCUCCAGUGUCCAGCCAUGGUGGCACUCCUACUGGGAUGAAGAGUUUUGAGGAUUUGUAUCAUCAAAGUCCUUUGUCACCAGGUCUCAGCAAUGGCCUCUCGUUUACUCAGGAUUUUACAAACCUAGUGAAUAGCUUGAGAUUUAACGACUUUCCUGCGCGUGAAUAUAAUUCAGAUGUUUACGAUUCUUCUGUAAAUGUUUUUAACGAAGGUUUGAUGUCUGUGCCAGACGUCAGUGUUGAUAACUACAAUUUUCAUGGAAACCCUGUCUUCGAUUUGAUCCAGACUGCUGCCCCCCUAACCCCUAUCACUCCAAUUGACAGUAAUGCUUCUUUCUUUCGGCUUCCUAUUUUUGAUCUAAUUCAUAAUCAGUAAAAUGCACCAACGACUGGCUUGUAACACACUGGAGAGGGACAGCUGAUAAAAGUGAAUAGUCAUAACCAAAUACCCCAAUAUUUAUAUUAAAAUUAAAUUAAAGUUGUAUAAAUACUAAUACAGCUAAGUGCAGAGAAAACAAUAAUUUUCUUUUGAAAAUAGAAUGGUAACUAUUUUAAAGUAAUGGCGUGCUGUAAAAUAUUGACCUAAUUUUAUUUGAAAUCAGUUUGCUGUGUAAAUAUAAUCUAGUAAAGAAAUUUUGCUUUAUUUAUGCCAGUUUAAUCGUGUAAUAUCAUUGAACUCUGCUUCGUGAAAUCAUUAAUUUUGAUCUCAUAAUCUUCUCAGCGAUUAUUCACAAGCAGACUUUCAUUCUUACUAGUGAUUGAAUAAAGGUACAUCUCAUUAAUUCUGAUAAUACUAGAUUUACAUUUUAUCUCCUUUCGCAGCAAGCUUUGUAAAACCAAGCAGUGUAACCCUUUUUCUUGUGUUGCAAGAAGUGCGUAAGUGUAUUAUGGUGAAAGAAGUUAUUCUUUUAUACCAUGUUUAACAACUUCGGAUUUAUAAUAUUUAAAUUAUAUUGAAUACUGUAUGUUUAAGUAAUGUUUGAAGCUUCAUUUUUACCUUUUGUUACAGUUUUAUCUGGGCAAGAUUGAGGUAGUCACAUAUUUAUUUGAUUUGCAUUGUAAAGUAGAUCAUUAUAUAUAUAUAUAUAUAUAUAUAUAUAAAAUCUUUUAUUCUUGUGAAUGUGCUUGUCUACUGUUGUAAAUGAGAUAAUGCUUAGGUUCAGAUUUUUUCCUCAUUGGUGUAAUACUCUGUCGACAUGUCCUGAGUGACGAAAUAUCAUCUACAUACAUAAUUAAUAAAUUCAUUUUUAUUUGUGUAGUCAAUUCCUGGGAUGCUCUUAUCCAUGAGUGAAACUGAUUUUCUGGACUUGACUGUCCCAGCCGAAUAUGCUUUCACCUUAUCAUGUAUUUAAAUAUUUAUUUAUUUUAAACUAUACUUUAGGUAUCUAUAAAAAGAUUUUAAUGCUUAUAUUUAAACUUUUGAUGUUUUGUGAUCAUACUGUGUCUGUGGCAUAAAUCAAUGUCUGCAUUUAAUUUUUUUUUUUUUUUUUUUUUGUAGCAUUGAAAUCAUAACUUGCACAAACCGUAAGGGAAUUUUUACCAGUGAUAAUUUAUGUUAUUUAAUUUCCCUUUCUGUGUCUGUAAUUAUUUAAAAAAUCAUAUGAAACAAAAUAAGGCACUAGUUUUUUUUGCAAUAUGCUAACAUUCUGUUUGCUGUUUUGUAACAAAGAAUAAAUUUUACAUAUUUAUAAUUUAUACAUGUUUUGUAAUUUUUAAUUUGUUUUGUUAAUUCAUAUGUAAUAAAACAGUUUGCAUUUUAUGUACAGAAAGAGAGCAGGUCGUCGUUUAUAUGCACGAAUAUUACAAAAAAAUCUAAGCUAGUUUGUUGUUGCAUAUGUAAUCAAAGUUUGUUAGUUUAUACUGAUCUAAAACAUUCAUUGAACGUACUAAUAAUUUGCUAUUUUGCAUUAUGUAGACAUGUAAUCAUGUGCUUUUUCACUUCAAAGUAUGUAUCGAAAUACUGACUGUAAAUUUCUAUUUAUUUACCUGUGAUGGCCAUAUCAAUUGGAAUAUUUUUUUAUUUUGGUUUUGCUUUUAUAUUAGCAUUUUAUUGCAGCACAUUAAAAUAGAAUUGUUUUGCAAUAAUGUGGGGAAUAAUUUAAAUGUGUUAUUUAUUUUAAUCGGUUAUUUUAUUAUGAUAAUUUUUUUAUUAUUAUCCUGCAUGCAAAAUAUUAAGCAUGACUUCCUCAAGAGUUAAUAUUAUAAGGUUGUGUAGAAAUUUUAUGUUUAUACAUUAAUCGUAGCAAAGCUGUAAUGUGACAGAUAAGAUGUAAUAUGUUUCAACUUUAACUAGCAUUAAUUUUAUUUAUUUUUAUUUAUAUAUACUAUUGUUGUGAAAAAUCAGUAAUGUUAUGUAAUUGUAAUACAAAGUUUUAAUCAAUUACGAAUGGCUUCAGUGAUAAAAUAUGAUAGAAUAAAUCAUGCCUUAAAAAUGGUGCAAAGAAGAAAAAGUGCCUUUGAUUGGGUGGGACCAAUGUAUGUGUUCCUGUUAUUCUAAGUGUGACUUAGCAUUUUUUUAAAUGUAACAUUCCCAUAUGAUAUGCAGAGUGUAAUAUUAAAUCAUAUUUUUAUGCCCGUUUGCUACAAAUUCGAAUUAUUACAGUACACUUGUCCGUGUACUUCAGCACAAUAUAUAAAGAGUGGGCAUCUUUAUUGUGAAUAAGAUGUGAAUAAAAAUAAAAAAUAUAAAUUAUUAAAUUUA